UGAGCGUAAGCUGGAGAACGCUCUGGUGGAUAUCAUCCUGGGACCGGAAGUUUGUACUCAACAGAGUGGAGAAGACAAGAUGUCGGAGUAUACCUUAGCUCAGAAAGGACCUUUGAAGCUGAAAGGGAUUGGAGACCUCAGCGAAGCCAAAAAAAAAAAGAAGAAAGACAAAGACAAAAACAAAAUGAUGCAACAAAUUAUGACCAGCAAGAAAAACGAAGAAGAAAAAAAGAAGCCGACUUUAGAUAAAAGAACACCAGCUCAGAAUGCUUUUGAAAAAAUGCAAGAGAAAAGGCAAAUGGAAAGAAUUUUGAAGAAAGCUACAAAAACACACAAACAAAGAGUUGAGGACUUUAAUCGCCAUCUGGAUACACUGACAGAGCAUUAUGACAUUCCAAAAGUCAGCUGGACAAAAUAGGCAGUUUUUUUCUUAUUUUAUUUAUGUGGCUUUAACCUUGUAUUUACUUUUUACCUUUUGUGUCUUCUAAACAAUGUAAAUAAACUGUGAGUAAAAAAAAA